AUGUUGCAUGCUGCACACAUGUUGCAUGCUGCACACAUGUUUCAUGCUGCACACAUGUUGCAUGCUGCACACAUGUUGCAUGCUGCACACAUGUUGCAUGCUGCACACAUGUUUCAUGCUGCACACAUGUUGCAUGCUGCACACAUGUUGCAUGCUGCACACAUGUUGCAUGCUGCACACAUGUUGCAUGCUGCACACAUGUUGCAUGCUGCACACAUGUUGCAUGCUGCACACAUGUUUCAUGCUGCACACAUGUUGCAUGCUGCACACAUGUUGCAUGCUGCACACAUGUUGCAUGCUGCACACAUGUUUCAUGCUGCACACAUGUUGCAUGCUGCACACAUGUUGCAUGCUGCACACAUGUUGCAUUCUGCACACAUGUUGCAUGCUGCACACAUGUUGCAUGCUGCACACAUGUUGCAUGCUGCACACAUGUUGCAUGCUGCACACAUGUUUCAUGCUGCACACAUGUUUCAUGCUGCACACAUGUUGCAUGCUGCACACAUGUUGCAUGCUGCACACAUGUUGCAUGCUGCACACAUGUUGCAUGCUGCACACAUGUUGCAUGCUGCACACAUGUUGCAUGCUGCACACAUGUUGCAUGCUGCACACAUGUUGCAUGCUGCACACAUGUUGCAUGCUGCACACAUGUUUCAUGCUGCACACAUGUUGCAUGCUGCACACAUGUUGCAUGCUGCACACAUGUUUCAUGCUGCACACAUGUUGCAUGCUGCACACAUGUUGCAUGCUGCACACAUGUUGCAUGCUGCACACAUGUUGCAUGCUGCACACAUGUUGCAUGCUGCACACAUGUUGCAUGCUGCACACAUGUUUCAUGCUGCACACAUGUUGCAUGCUGCACACAUGUUGCAUGCUGCACACAUGUUGCAUGCUGCACACAUGUUUCAUGCUGCACACAUGUUGCAUGCUGCACACAUGUUGCAUGCUGCACACAUGUUGCAUGCUGCACACAUGUUGCAUGCUGCACACAUGUUGCAUGCUGCACACAUGUUGCAUGCUGCACACAUGUUGCAUGCUGCACACAUGUUGCAUGCUGCACACAUGUUGCAUGCUGCACACAUGUUGCAUGCUGCACACAUGUUGCAUGCUGCACACAUGUUUCAUGCUGCACACAUGUUUCAUGCUGCACACAUGUUGCAUGCUGCACACAUGUUGCAUGCUGCACACAUGUUUCAUGCUGCACACAUGUUGCAUGCUGCACACAUGUUGCAUGCUGCACACAUGUUGCAUGCUGCACACAUGUUUCAUGCUGCACACAUGUUGCAUGCUGCACACAUGUUGCAUGCUGCACACAUGUUGCAUGCUGCACACAUGUUGCAUGCUGCACACAUGUUGCAUGCUGCACACAUGUUGCAUGCUGCACACAUGUUUCAUGCUGCACACAUGUUGCAUGCUGCACACAUGUUGCAUGCUGCACACAUGUUGCAUGCUGCACACAUGUUUCAUGCUGCACACAUGUUGCAUGCUGCACACAUGUUGCAUGCUGCACACAUGUUGCAUGCUGCACACAUGUUGCAUGCUGCACACAUGUUGCAUGCUGCACACAUGUUGCAUGCUGCACACAUGUUUCAUGCUGCACACAUGUUUCAUGCUGCACACAUGUUGCAUGCUGCACACAUGUUGCAUGCUGCACACAUGUUGCAUGCUGCACACAUGUUGCAUGCUGCACACAUGUUGCAUGCUGCACACAUGUUGCAUGCUGCACACAUGUUGCAUGCUGCACACAUGUUGCAUGCUGCACACAUGUUGCAUGCUGCACACAUGUUGCAUGCUGCACACAUGUUGCAUGCUGCACACAUGUUUCAUGCUGCACACAUGUUGCAUGCUGCACACAUGUUGCAUGCUGCACACAUGUUGCAUGCUGCACACAUGUUGCAUGCUGCACACAUGUUGCAUGCUGCACACAUGUUGCAUGCUGCACACAUGUUGCAUGCUGCACACAUGUUGCAUGCUGCACACAUGUUUCAUGCUGCACACAUGUUGCAUGCUGCACACAUGUUGCAUGCUGCACACAUGUUGCAUGCUGCACACAUGUUGCAUGCUGCACACAUGUUGCAUGCUGCACACAUGUUGCAUGCUGCACACAUGUUUCAUGCUGCACACAUGUUGCAUGCUGCACACAUGUUGCAUGCUGCACACAUGCUGCUUGCUGCACACAUGUUGCAUGCUGCACACAUGUUGCAUGCUGCACACAUGUUGCUUGCUGCACACAUGUUGCAUGCUGCACACAUGUUGCUUGCUGCACACAUUUUGCAUGCUGCACACAUGUUGCAUGCUGCACACAUGUUUCAUGCUGCACACAUGUUGCAUGCUGCACACAUGUUUCAUGCUGCACACAUGUUUCAUGCUGCACACAUGUUUCAUGCUGCACACAUGUUUCAUGCUGCACACAUGUUGCAUGCUGCACACAUGUUUCAUGCUGCACACAUGUUGCAUGCUGCACACAUGUUGCAUGCUGCACACAUGUUGCAUGCUGCACACAUGUUGCAUGCUGCACACAUGUUGCAUGCUGCACACAUGUUGCAUGCUGCACACAUGUUGCAUGCUGCACACAUGUUGCAUGCUGCACACAUGUUGCAUGUUGCACACAUGUUGCAUGCUGCACACAUGUUGCAUGCUGCACACAUGUUGCAUGCUGCACACAUGUUGCAUGCUGCACACAUGUUGCAUGCUGCACACAUGUUGCAUGCUGCACACAUGUUGCAUGCUGCACACAUGUUGCAUGCUGCACACAUGUUUCAUGCUGCACACAUGUUGCAUGCUGCACACAUGUUGCAUGCUGCACACAUGUUGCAUGCUGCACACAUGUUGCAUGCUGCACACAUGUUGCAUGCUGCACACAUGUUGCAUGCUGCACACAUGUUGCAUGCUGCACACAUGUUGCAUGCUGCACACAUGUUGCAUGCUGCACACAUGUUUCAUGCUGCACACAUGUUUCAUGCUGCACACAUGUUGCAUGCUGCACACAUGUUGCAUGCUGCACACAUGUUGCAUGCUGCACACAUGUUGCAUGCUGCACACAUGUUGCAUGCUGCACACAUGUUGCAUGCUGCACACAUGUUGCAUGCUGCACACAUGUUGCAUGCUGCACACAUGUUGCAUGCUGCACACAUGUUGCAUGCUGCACACAUGUUGCAUGCUGCACACAUGUUGCAUGCUGCACACAUGUUGCAUGCUGCACACAUGUUGCAUGCUGCACACAUGUUGCAUGCUGCACACAUGUUGCAUGCUGCACACAUGUUGCAUGCUGCACACAUGUUGCAUGCUGCACACAUGUUGCAUGCUGCACACAUGUUGCAUGCUGCACACAUGUUGCAUGCUGCACACAUGUUGCAUGCUGCACACAUGUUGCAUGCUGCACACAUGUUGCAUGCUGCACACAUGUUGCAUGCUGCACACAUGUUUCAUGCUGCACACAUGUUUCAUGCUGCACACAUGUUUCAUGCUGCACACAUGUUUCAUGCUGCACACAUGUUUCAUGCUGCACACAUGUUUCAUGCUGCACACAUGUUGCAUGCUGCACACAUGUUGCAUGCUGCACACAUGUUGCAUGCUGCACACAUGUUGCAUGCUGCACACAUGUUGCAUGCUGCACACAUGUUGCAUGCUGCACACAUGUUUCAUGCUGCACACAUGUUUCAUGCUGCACACAUGUUUCAUGCUGCACACAUGUUUCAUGCUGCACACAUGUUUCAUGCUGCACACAUGUUGCAUGCUGCACACAUGCUGCAUGCUGCACACAUGUUUCAUGCUGCACACAUGUUUCAUGCUGCACACAUGUUUCAUGCUGCACACAUGUUUCAUGCUGCACACAUGUUUCAUGCUGCACACAUGUUUCAUGCUGCACACAUGUUUCAUGCUGCACACAUGUUUCAUGCUGCACACAUGUUGCAUGCUGCACACAUGCUGCAUGCUGCACACAUGUUUCAUGCUGCACACAUGUUUCAUGCUGCACACAUGUUUCAUGCUGCACACAUGUUUCAUGCUGCACACAUGUUUCAUGCUGCACACAUGUUUCAUGCUGCACACAUGUUGCAUGCUGCACACAUGUUUCAUGCUGCACACAUGUUGCAUGCUGCACACAUGUUUCAUGCUGCACACAUGUUUCAUGCUGCACACAUGUUUCAUGCUGCACACAUGUUUCAUGCUGCACACAUAUUUCAUGCUGCACACAUGUUUCAUGCUGCACACAUGUUGCAUGCUGCACACAUGUUUCAUGCUGCACACAUGUUGCAUGCUGCACACAUGUUUCAUGCUGCACACAUGUUUCAUGCUGCACACAUGUUUCAUGCUGCACACAUGUUUCAUGCUGCACACAUGUUUCAUGCUGCACACAUGUUGCAUGCUGCACACAUGCUGCUUGCUGCACACAUGUUGCAUGCUGCACACAUGUUGCAUGCUGCACACAUGUUGCUUGCUGCACACAUGUUGCAUGCUGCACACAUGUUUCAUGCUGCACACAUGUUUCAUGCUGCACACAUGUUUCAUGCUGCACACAUGUUUCAUGCUGCACACAUGUUUCAUGCUGCACACAUGUUUCAUGCUGCACACAUGUUGCAUGCUGCACACAUGUUUCAUGCUGCACACAUGUUUCAUGCUGCACACAUGUUUCAUGCUGCACACAUGUUUCAUGCUGCACACAUGUUUCAUGCUGCACACAUGUUUCAUGCUGCACACAUGUUGCAUGCUGCACACAUGCUGCUUGCUGCACACAUGUUGCAUGCUGCACACAUGUUGCAUGCUGCACACAUGUUGCUUGCUGCACACAUGUUGCAUGCUGCACACAUGUUUCAUGCUGCACACAUGUUGCAUGCUGCACACAUGUUUCAUGCUGCACACAUGUUUCAUGCUGCACACAUGUUUCAUGCUGCACACAUGUUUCAUGCUGCACACAUGUUUCAUGCUGCACACAUGUUUCAUGCUGCACACAUGUUGCAUGCUUCACACAUGUUGCAUGCUGCACACAUGCUGCUUGCUGCACACAUGUUGCAUGCUGCACACAUGUUGCAUGCUGCACACAUGUUGCUUGCUGCACACAUGUUGCAUGCUGCACACAUGUUGCUUGCUGCACACAUGUUGCAUGCUGCACACAUGUUGCAUGCUGCACACAUGUUUCAUGCUGCACACAUGUUGCAUGCUGCACACAUGUCGCAUGCUGCACACAUGUUGCUUGCUGCACACAUGUUGCAUGCUGCACACAUGUUGCAUGCUGCACACAUGUUGCAUGCUGCACACAUGUUGCUUGCUGCACACAUGUUGCAUGCUGCACACAUGUUUCAUGCUGCACACAUGUUGCAUGCUGCACACAUGUUUCAUGCUGCACACAUGUUUCAUGCUGCACACAUGUUUCAUGCUGCACACAUGUUUCAUGCUGCACACAUGUUUCAUGCUGCACACAUGUUGCAUGCUGCACACAUGUUUCAUGCUGCACACAUGUUGCAUGCUGCACACAUGUUUCAUGCUGCACACAUGUUUCAUGCUGCACACAUGUUUCAUGCUGCACACAUGUUUCAUGCUGCACACAUGUUUCAUGCUGCACACAUGUUUCAUGCUGCACACAUGUUGCAUGCUGCACACAUGUUGCAUGCUGCACACAUGUUUCAUGCUGCACACAUGUUGCAUGCUGCACACAUGUUUCAUGCUGCACACAUGUUUCAUGCUGCACACAUGUUUCAUGCUGCACACAUGUUUCAUGCUGCACACAUGUUUCAUGCUGCACACAUGUUUCAUGCUGCACACAUGUUGCAUGCUGCACACAUGCUGCUUGCUGCACACAUGUUGCAUGCUGCACACAUGUUGCAUGCUGCACACAUGUUGCUUGCUGCGCACAUGUUGCAUGCUGCACACAUGUUGCAUGCUGCACACAUGUUUCAUGCUGCGCACAUGUUUCAUGCUGCACACAUGUUUCAUGCUGCACACAUGUUUCAUGCUGCACACAUGUUGCAUGCUGCACACAUGUUUCAUGCUGCACACAUGUUGCAUGCUGCACACAUGUUUCAUGCUGCACACAUGUUUCAUGCUGCACACAUGUUUCAUGCUGCACACAUGUUUCAUGCUGCACACAUGUUUCAUGCUGCACACAUGUUUCAUGCUGCACACAUGUUGCAUGCUGCACACAUGCUGCUUGCUGCACACAUGUUGCAUGCUGCACACAUGUUGCAUGCUGCACACAUGUUGCUUGCUGCACACAUGUUGCAUGCUGCACACAUUUUUGAUGCUGCACACAUGUUGCAUGCUGCACACAUGUUUCAUGCUGCACACAUGUUUCAUGCUGCACACAUGUUUCAUGCUGCACACAUGUUUCAUGCUGCACACAUGUUUCAUGCUGCACACAUGUUUCAUGCUGCACACAUGUUGCAUGCUGCACACAUGUUGCAUGCUGCACACAUGCUGCUUGCUGCACACAUGUUGCAUGCUGCACACAUGUUGCAUGCUGCACACAUGUUGCUUGCUGCACACAUGUUGCAUGCUGCACACAUGUUGCUUGCUGCACACAUGUUGCAUGCUUCACACAUGUUGCAUGCUGCACACAUGUUUCAUGCUGCACACAUGUUGCAUGCUGCACACAUGUUGCAUGCUGCACACAUGUUGCUUGCUGCACACAUGUUGCAUGCUGCACACAUGUUGCAUGCUGCACACAUGUUUCAUGCUGCACACAUGUUGCUUGCUGCACACAUGUUGCAUGCUGCACACAUGUUGCUUGCUGCACACAUGUUGCAUGCUGCACACAUGUUGCAUGCUGCACACAUGUUUCAUGCUGCACACAUGUUGCAUGCUGCACACAUGUUGCAUGCUGCACACAUGCUGCUUGCUGCACACAUGUUGCAUGCUGCACACAUGUUGCAUGCUGCACACAUGUUGCUUGCUGCACACAUGUUGCAUGCUGCACACAUGUUGCUUGCUGCACACAUGUUGCAUGCUGCACACAUGUUGCAUGCUGCACACAUGUUUCAUGCUGCACACAUGUUGCAUGCUGCACACAUGUUGCAUGCUGCACACAUGUUUCAUGCUGCACACAUGUUUCAUGCUGCACACAUGUUUCAUGCUGCACACAUGUUUCAUGCUGCACACAUGUUGCAUGCUGCACACAUGUUUCAUGCUGCACACAUGUUGCAUGCUGCACACAUGUUGCAUGCUGCACACAUGCUGCUUGCUGCACACAUGUUGCAUGCUGCACACAUGUUGCAUGCUGCACACAUGUUGCAUGCUGCACACAUGUUGCUUGCUGCACACAUGUUGCAAGCUGCACACAUGUUGCAUGCUGCACACAUGUUUCAUGCUGCACUCAUGUUGCAUGCUGCACACAUGUUGCAUGCUGCACACAUGUUUCAUGCUGCACACAUGUUGCAUGCUGCACACAUGUUUCAUGCUGCACACAUGUUUCAUGCUGCACACAUGUUUCAUGCUGCACACAUGUUUCAUGCUGCACACAUGUUUCAUGCUGCACACAUGUUUCAUGCUGCACACAUGUUUCAUGCUGCACACAUGUUUCAUGCUGCACACAUGUUUCAUGCUGCACACAUGUUUCAUGCUGCACAAAUGUUUCAUGCUGCACACAUGUUUCAUGCUGCACACAUGUUUCAUGCUGCACACAUGUUUCAUGCUGCACACAUGUUGCAUGCUGCACACAUGUUUCAUGCUGCACACAUGUUUCAUGCUGCACACAUGUUUCAUGCUGCACACAUGUUUCAUGCUGCACACAUGUUUCAUGCUGCACACAUGUUGCAUGCUGCACACAUGUUUCAUGCUGCACACAUGUUGCAUGCUGCACACAUGAACGCCACAGAGUAUGUGAGGAGGAAAGCUUAUGCCUGGGCGGACGCCCGACUCACUGCUGCCGUCACUGGCGCCAGUGCUGAAGAUCCUGGUGAUGUUGAUGGCACUUUUGCCGCUGCUGGUGCUGCCACUGGUGCUGAUGCUGGUGGGGAGGAGGAAGAGUCAGAGGAGGAAGAGGAGGCAGAGCAGCGGCUGCAGCGGCGGAGGGAAGCAGAGGAGAAGCGGAGAGAAGAGCAGCUGUUGAAGCUGCCUUCCCCUUUGCAACUGCUCACAGCACACUUCCGCAUGCCCAUCCACAUCAUCGAGCUCUCAGAAUCCACACCGUUCGACCAGGUGGUUCACACGAUGCGGCACACGGCCUUUGCCAUGGGCAUGCACGGCUCUGCCCUGGCGAACCUCAUCUUCCUGCCCUCAGGGGCGUCAGCCCUGGAGCUCAUUCCCUACAAGUACCGCUACUUCCCCUACCUCACGAUCGCGCCUCUCUUUAACAUUAAUUACCACCAGUGGACCAACGAGAAGCGCGAAUUCGCGUCGUUCGAUGAUGGGUGCUUUGAGGGGAAGUGGGCCAAGCUGAGUCCGUUGGACUGCUGGAAGUUAAAGCCGUGCUUGCGCUGUGUGCGGGACCAUGCGCGCACGCAUGUGGAUCCCGAGAGCAUUGGGCCUGUGCUGGCUGAUAUUGGACGAGAAGUGCGCAUAUGGAUUGGCAUGUAUGGCUUACCCGGUUCCUGA